UUUUAGCUUAAUUAACCGUCCAACCCCCAUGGAAAUCUUCACCCCGGCCGGCGCCGCCUCCUCCUCCUCCUCCUCGACCCCCUCCACCAAGCGCUCGACAACCAUGCUCCGCCUGCUCUGCCCCUCCAGCCGCGCCUCCGCCCUCCGCCCCGCGCGGGACCUCCACGUGGACCAGCCGCCCGUGGGGGACGAGGCUGUGCUCACCAUCUCCGGGCGGGACGCCCCCGACGCGGCGGUGAGGGCGUGGGAGCGCGUGGUGGGCCACAGGGUUGGGGGCGACGAGGCGGGGGGAGGGGAGGAGGGGGAGAGGGAGGUGGCGGGCGCGGUGGGCUGCCGGAUGCUGGCCGCCGGCGGGCAGGUCGGAUGCGUGCUGGGGAAGGGCGGCAAGACGGUGGAGCGGAUGAGGCAGGAGAGCGGCGCCCAGAUCAGGGUGUUCCGGAACAGGGAGCAGCUGCCUCCAUGCGCUGCGCCGGGAGACGAGCUCAUCCAUAUAAGUGGGAGCUUUCCUCAAGUACGGAAAGCACUGUUAGCAGUUUCAACCUGCCUCCAAGAUAAUCCUAGGCCAGACACAAGCAAUAUUCCAAUGGGAAGAUCAUUUGGGCCUCCAGGUGGUGGAACUGGUUGUCCCCCUGGCAUCGAUCCUCAUUCUCAAAGAAGUUAUUUACCACCACACAUGCCUGAUUACCACACAAGGAAUUAUUCAAGUAAUGCUGGUGCCCCUGGUCCUAGAUUCUUUUUUGAACAAGAGAUUGUGUUCAGGAUGAUAAUUCUCAAUGAUAUGGUGGGCAGCAUAAUUGGAAAAGGUGGUUCCACUAUCCGUGCAUUGCAAAGUGAAACUGGUGCUUCUAUUAAGAUUAUCGAACCUAUUGCUGAUUCAGAUGAGCGUGCUGUUGCGAUAUCUGCACGCGAGAAUUCUGACAUGAUGCAUUCUCCAGCUCAGGAUGCAGUGCUUCGGGUGCACUCUAGGAUCUCAGAGGCAUCUGUGGAUAAAAGUUCUUCUGCACCUGCAAGGCUUCUUGUUCCAUCACAGCAUAUCGGUUGCCUACUAGGCAAAGGUGGAUCCAUUAUUGCAGAGAUGAGAAAAGUAACAGGUGCUAGCAUCCGGAUUUUCGCAAAUGAACAGAUCCCAAGAUGUGCACAACGAAAUGAUGAGAUGGUUCAGGAUAGUGAUAGAAUUUUUUCUGAAUCUUUCAGUGGCUGCCGCAUGGAAGAAUUUGGUGCUUUCAUCACCAAAAGUAACCCGUCUGAUAGUACAUCUUUUCCGCCAAUACUCAUUUUUACAGUCACUGGUAGCUUCCAAUCCAUUCAAGAUGCAUUGAUUCAUAUCACUGGAAGGAUUAGGGACAUCAUCAUUCCCAAACCACACCCCAGUGGAGGCAUGCCUCCAUAUCCACCUGUUGGAAACAUCCCUCUUCACCAAUCAAGACAAGAACCAGCUCCGCCACAUCCCAGUGGAGGCAUGCCUCCAUAUCCUAUGCAUUCUUUCAGAGCUGAUACUCCUAUGGGUCCCUUUGAUACAGGUGAUCAUCGACGACCUCCCCCACAUUCAAUGGAACAUAUGGGUGCAGAUAGGAUGUCAUACUCGUAUGGUUGUGAGCAAGGAGGCCCUCAGCCAUUUCUAGAGCAACCACCACCAAGAACCUGGGCUCCUGAGGCACCAAAGACAAACAGUGAAGCACUAAGAAACAUGCCUGAUGCUGUACCAGCCACAGAUUUCAGAAAGGGAGCAGUAGCAAGUGAAAACCAAGUGGCCACACCAACAAGUACAACUGAAGUUGUUAUUCCUUGCAAGUAUGUAAGUUUUGUUUGUGGGACCAAUGGCAGUGAUCUUGAAGAGAUAAAAAAGAUGUCAGGUGCUUCAAUUACAGUUCACGAUCCGAAACCUGGCGAUACAAACUCAACAAUUGUUAUAUGCGGGGAUCCUGAACAAACUAAGAAGGCACAGAGCCUGAUUCACGCGUUCAUAUUUUGCGGUCUGUAUCAAACCUGAUUUGUGAUGAUGAUGAUACACCAUAAUGAUUACUGAUUACCAUGAGGAGAAUUUGUCUCCUGACAGGAUGUAGUACAUGCACCGCUGCUACCGGGAUGGCUGUUGGUACAACUGAUACAUGCGUUGCUGAAACAACGCCAGUGUACAUUGUUGUAGUCCUGUGCUUUUGGUUUGAAAAAUGACCAUGGAAUGGGUUGCCUGCACCUCUGUUUCACCUUAUUGCACCCGUGUCAAAUUAGGCAAAAUAUGCAUCAGCACAAAGUUUUGUCAUGAUUAUUCUUCAUGUCGCGUCUGGGAAGUUCUGUAUGAUUGAGAUGCGCAAUUUCCAGGCAAUGCUAUCUGUGGACUGUGGAAACAGUUACAGGCUUACAGCUGCUCGUUUGUGCUGGCAUGGCUUCACUUGCUGAGACGACCAGAGUCAACCACUCCUCGAGAUUCCCAUUAUUGAGUUUGACCCACGACCGGGCAUUAGUUUUCUUCCCUCCAGAUGUACAAGCAGCAAGUGUCAGCGAACCGUUUUCCAAAGGAAACAGAAGAGCAAAAAGGACAGUGUCAGUGUCCUUGUUAUUGAGCUACAAGUGUCGAGUAGAUCCGAUCAGAUGCACUCAACCCCAAGAGUAAGUGGUAAAUGCAAAUGCAUGCAAUUAGCCAGCCAAUUUAUACAGCUUAAGAUCCUUGGAAAUUUCGAAGAGAACAUGGGUAUUCGGAAUAUGCAUUGGUCCUCAGUGACAGCCGGGGUAAGAGAGGGACAGCAUAUCACAGCAGUGACGCUGGACGUGGUCCAAAAGAGCCUGAAGGUCUCCCCAAGGAAGUUCUAGGCAACUGCAAGCCUGACAUUUGUAGCAUCUUGUUCAUAUUCUUUCGGUUCUAUCACUGUAAUAUUCCCAUGCCUUGGACUAGGCUGCAAAGAAGUCGUCCUGGUCUCAUGGACUUUGCGUGAACUGUACUACUCCUGUAUAGUAGCAUACUAGCAUCUUGUGCCGUCAAGCAUAGUUGUUGGGUACCGGCUGUGGCUUGUAGCCAGAUAAGGAACAGGGUGAAUUGGACCGUAGGUGAUAGCUUUGGGAGAUGAUACAAAAUACCCUUCCAAUAUGCAAAUUUGUUUAUCUAUUUCCCAUUUCAGACAAGUUCAUUGUCUAGAAAGACCUAGCCCGGAACAAUUUAUUUUUUGCAUAUUACCAAUCACCUACCUGGGAAUGUCAAUUUUUUGCAUUCAUGGAUUUUUUACAUCAACCAAAAUACCUAAGCCUUGAUUUUGUGUUCUCCCUUAUAUCAGUAACCAAGUCGGAACAUGCCUCAAUUUUGGCUAUACUACAAUUUUCCAGCCUUCAAAUUACUAGUUCAAUCACUGGUCUGUUACGGCAACAGCCCAGUCACCCUCGAUUCUUUUAACUCCUCCAUUGCCACAUUCUGAUCUCUAUUCAUUUCCUGCCCAGUUGGCCUCUCACGUAUCUUGGGAAAUUCAUUCUCGUGUCUGCCAGACCUUUCCAGAACUACUUCAAGCAUUGUUCUUUGCGGAGAAGAUCACGCCAAGAUGAAGAGCAGGGCUGCAAGAGCUGAGAUUUAGCAGGUACGCCAGCAAGUGCAGCGCCGCAGCUUGAAAGGCGUUUAGGACGCACCUCCGCUCCGUUUGUUUGAACAGCAUUUUCUGGAGCAGUCGCAGGCUGUGCCAGGCUAUGUUUCUCAGCAGGAGUUUCAGCUAACAGCCAGGGCGUGCAUUCCCUGCAGAUAUAUGAUCCAGAAGAAUAAGAGAGAACCGGUUCGCAUUGUUCA